GUACUUCAUCGUAUAAACGUUUAAUGUAAUAUUGUUUUUUUUAUUUCAGUUGAUCCAGUUAUUUAGACGAUAAUUAUACUGCAAAAUGCAGUUACUCUGCUUUUUUAUAUUUAUAGGAGUUGCUCAAUGUGAUGAUUCGUCUUUAGCGCCAGCUACUUAUGAUAAUUUAGGUGUACCAAAUGCUGUCGAAUAUGUAUACCAUUAUCAACUAACAGUUCAAACAUCAUAUAUAACUUCGGUUGAAUGUAUGCUUUCAUCAAAAAAUUAUAUUCACAGUGGAUUUAUUGAAAUUGAUGAGAGUUCAAAUGAUAUUACAACAAAUUUAAAAAUGGAAUUUAAAAAUAGCUCAAGCAAUUUAGAAAAUAUAUUUAGCUCACAAAGCGAUAUCGAAAAAGAAACAGAAGAGAAAGUUAAUUCUGUACUCUAUAUGACUAGUAACUAUUACCUAAACAAAGAGGUAACUGUUCAAAAAACAGAAACAACUCUCGGUGAAGUAACAGAAAUUAAAAAAGCGCAAUCAAUUCUAACUGCAAAACGCUGUGAAUCAGAUUACAUUAACUUUAUGAAUGACGUUAAAUCUAUAAAAUCAAAUUUUAAUAGUGGACAGAAUAAUAUAGAUAAUAUUGAUAAAGAACAAUGGGCUACUCAGGUGAAACAGUAUUACGACGCUAGAGAAAAAAUAGUUAAUAAUACGAAUGUGUACACAUCAAUUAGAGAAGCGUUUAUGUUUGGUAGUGGAAUAAGUUUGUGUGAAGGAUCUCCAAAUACCGAUCAAUCACUACUGGAAAUAUACAAAACUAACGAUUUAUCAAAGUACUUUGGAAAAAAUGAUAAUAACGCAUCUGAACUAUUUUCUCAGACGGUCAAUCAAAUGUAUAAAAUUUAUAAAGAAUCAAUGGUUGUUAUUUAUUUAAAAUCUGUGUAUCAUUCAAAAACUGAUUUAGCACUAAGAGUUAUGAUGUGGGAACAAGUAAAUUUAGUUAGAGCGAACUUUGAGUACAUGAGUAGAAACAUAGACAUCUUUAUAAAAAAUACACAAGAAGAAGCUGAAAAUUGUUAUGGCGGUAAUUCUAAUGAACAUAAAGAAAUAAUGACAACCUUAUAUACUUGUGUGAAUAAAAUGCUUUUAACGGUUGUAAAAUCUACUGAGGUGCAUUAUAAGCGAGCGUUGAACUUUAAUCCCGAUAGAAGCAUGAUUACAACUGAUUACAAUCAAUAUAAAGUCAAUACAAUUGAUAAAUAUUAUAAAGAUAUUCUUUGGAGUAAUACUAAUGCAGCUCGUUAUGAUAUGCGACUAAUUAAUAAAGACAAUAGUUUAUUACCAACAUCAGAUAUGUGUAUACCACAGAAUAUGUACCCAAUGGUAAUAAAUAAACUAGUUUUUCAAACUUUUAUAUGUCAAACAAAUUAUAUAAAUGUACAAAUAAAAGCAGCAAAAUAUGAUAAAUCGACUUUAGAUUCUUGGGUAUAUGAAAAAAUCACAAUAACACAAUUAAAAUAUUCAAUUCUAUUUUCAAAAUGUUCAGCGACUAUAAACAAAAUAUAUAUUGUAAAUAGUGCAACUUAUACAUAUAUUUUAAUGACCACGGAAAAAAAUACACAAUCUACCGAAGUUAAACAAGUUAUAGAUCAAACUACAAAUGAUGUAGUAGGAACAUUAUGCGUACAUACAUUGGAAAUCACUGAAACAUUCAAUGGAGUUGACGUUUUUAUAGAUACAAAAAGUAAUAAUAAAAACUCUUCUCAAGUAGUAUAUAAACCUGGCUUUAAAGAAUAUACAGGUCAAAAUCCCUCUACUUCAUCAUCACCACCGCAAAAACCAGCAAACUCAACUGGAAGUCAUCCGACUCCAGGAAGUCAUCCGACUCCAGGAAGUCAUCCAACUCCAGGAAGUCAUCCGACUCCAGGAAAUCCACCGAUUCCAGGAAGUCAUCCGACUCCAGGAAGUCAUCCAAGUCCAGGAAAUCAUUCGAGUCCAGGAAAUCAUUCGAGUCCAGGAAAUCAUUCGAGUCCAAGAACUUCUGGUGGUGGGUCUACUGACAACCAAUAUACACACAUAACAUGUGAUACACAAAUAACACAAUCUAUAAAGAAUUUCCAAAGUUCUUUUGAGUGCAAAAUAGAAAAAAGUUUAAGUUACAUUCAGAAAACAGAACAAACUGAAUACACGAAAGUAGUAAUAAAAUCAUUGGAUAUUAGUAAACAAAUAUUCCAGUCUAAUGUAGAAUAUUUAAGUAGUAUAUCUUCAGAUUCAAUAAAUCAAAUAUCUGAAAUAUCAACACCUGGUUCUCCAGAGCAUACAGCUGCAUUAGUCGUAGUGUAUAGAGAUACGCAGGAAAAAAUAACAGUACUAUCUUCGGCUAUGGAGAUACCAUUGAAGAGAACGAUUUAUCCGGUUACAUCUAGUCAAUACGUAUAUGUGUCUCAAACUAUCGAUUACGGUGACUUUGUCAACAAUUUUUAUAAAUAUUUUGAAGUAAAAUGCGACGAAAUAUAUAAUAAGCAAAACGAUGUUGAUUCAUUCCUAGAAAAUAGUAUAAAACAAUUUAAUAAUAUUAAUCAAAAAGUUGUCUCGGCAGUUCAAAAAACACCGGAAAAUUGCUACAAAACAUAUUUAUUAACAUAUUUAACAAAAACUUCAGCUGCGUAUAAAAAGACCACCGAUUACUUCAGAGAACAAAUCGUUCAAACGAAAGAGUUUAUUAGUCAGGGUGGAGAAAACAGCAAAUGUGCAUUUUAUAACGAAAUAAAACAACGGAUGGAUUCUAUUACUGUAAUUUAUUCUAGUGUUCUUAUAAAGUGCUAUCAAUAUUCUAUGAACAGUACUUCUGUUACAAUGUAUGUAUCUGAAUAUGACAUUGUCAGUUCUCAGACAACUAUUGUAAGUAGUUAUACCGAAUCAACCUAUAGUUCAACCACACAUUAUGAAGUACAUUCAAAUUGAGUAUUGUAACUAGUUGAUGAGAUUUGAAAAACUAUAACUUUAAGCUGGCAUUAUUACGCGGGCUGAGAGUAAAAAGGUUCUAUGUCAAAAUAUCUAAUUUUUCAGGAGAACAUUUUUAAGGUUUGUUGUCAAAUAUUUUUUUAUCAUAUAGGGAUAAUUGUUUAUAAUUGAUAUCAAAAAAUAAAGCAGGUUUUCUAUAACAAUAUAACAUGCGAAUAUAGCAUCUCACUAUUUUAGUUGAUUCGCUAAAAAUAAAAAACAACAAAAAAACAGUUUAGAGUAAAAAGGUUCUAUACAAAGGACUAUUUUACUCGCUAAAUAUUUUGUAUUUAAUAGAUAGAACCUAUUUACCCUAUAGCCCAUUACACAAUUUUGAUCAGUCAGGCCAACAUAUUAAAUAUUUGUAGAGUCCUCUUCCUCAAAUUCAUUUUAGCAAUGUAUUUCAAUUUAUUUUAUUUUAUUCUAUAAUAUUAUACUUUCACCACAUUAUAAUACUAUGAUAUUUUAUGAAAAAAAAACUAUAAACAAAACUAUGAAUAUGAAUUUGUAAGUAGAUAUCCACUAUCCAGCAAACAAUCUAUUUAUAAAUUGUAUUCCAUAACAGUCCCAUAAACUGAUAACAAUAUUAAAAUAACACGCACUCUUAUUAUAUCCAAUUGGCGGGAUGGGAAACAAGUCUUGUUUUGACCACGGCACAAUAUAAUAUUAUCGUAUCGACAUAAUAUUAAUAUAAAUUAUUGUGUUAUUGGUAGUAAUAACAAAGGAUAGGACUCUUAUACUCUUAAUAAUUUUUUUGUAAUACAAAAUAGAACCUUUUUAUUCUCAAAAAAAGUUAUGGAGUAAAAUGAUUCUAUCUAGUACAUUCAAAAAUAACGACUAUAUUAAUUUCAAAGACAUAGAACCUUUUUGCUUUGCGUAUCUCAUUCAUUAUUACUCGUAUCAACAUAUUUUCUAGCUUAAAACAUGCGCCAUUGAAAACGUAUUAGGAAUAUUUGAAAACGUCAAUUUCGAAAAAAAAAACAUAGAACCUUUUUACUCUCAGCCCACGAUUAAUUAUAUUAUACCAUAAAUAUAUUUCUGUAUACAUUUUACAAGAAAUAAAGUAUACUUAAGAAUUUAUGUUCGUAUUAAACGUAAAAAAAGUUGUAUCUUAAAUUUAAUAACAACAAUAAAUAUUAGUGACACUUAA